AUGCAGCCUUUCUACGGCGACAGGCUGCUCUCGGCAGCAGCUAGCGAUGCGAGUUCUGCCGGCGGGAUGGGAAGUAUGAGCGGCAAGCGAAAACUUCGAAGGCUCUCUUCGACCACUCCUGUGACUGCAAGAAGCCGCAUGAUGUCGGCUGCUUCUACCGAUCAAUAUCAGCCUUGGGAGGCACCCGAUUUCAAAAGACCGGAAGAUGAUUAUCCCCGGGACGAGGAAAAGUAUGACGAGGAUGAGAAAUCGGUGGACAGGUUUGAUGAUGAAAGACUUGAAGAAAUAUUGAAUGAAGUAUUGAACGUGGCGUCAGGUUCCGUUGGUGUUGGUGGUGAUUUGGUCGAGCCACAUCCGCAUCCUUCAACUGUCUUAAAACAACAUCAUCAACAACAACCACAAAAUUGGUCUGUCAAACCGAUCGUUCAAAUGCAAACUAGCCUUCAUGAUGUUAACGAUUACAUGCAUUUUGACUACUUCCGUAGCAUGGCCGACAAUUUCGCAAACAGGAGUGGCGGUACCCAGUAUGCUGCAAAUCCAGUUGCAUCAUCUUGCGAUGAAUUUGUUCACAGUAGCACUAGCUGUUCCGGUGCUUUCAACGGUCCAACAGACUUAAAGCAGCGCCUCGCUGUUCCACCUGCCCAGAGGAUACUGCCUCUAGGUGCAUUCGCUGAACAGCCACAAAGACGCGCAGAACAGGUUGUCUGUGUAGCGGAUCUGAGGACGGAAAUCGAAUUGGCGCCUAGGCCCUUUCCAGAAGUUGUUUGCGAGCAGCACCCAGUUCAAGGCUAUUCCAUGUUUGCUGAGGAUGUUCAAAAUAUCGCCUCGUUGAGGCCACAGGAUUCGCAGCAGACAUGUCAGCAGCAACCUGUUGUUGCCGCUGCACCAUUCGCUUCAGUAACACCUAUCCAACAGCCUCAGUCAGAACUUCAGGUUCUGCCUGAUUUGAAUGCCCUUGACAUCGAGUCCCAAUUGAUUGAGUUUGAGACGACCGGAGGCGGUGGUAGUAGUGCUAGUGUUGGCCUCGCCUCUGAUGGACCUUUACCACCACACCAUCCCACGACACAAACGGCGAUGAUUCCUAAAACGGAACACGUUCUAUCUCAAGCACGUUUGGCAGCCUCUUAUUCACUUUUAGUCGAGAAACAGUCUAUGGUUUCAGCGUAUCCACCUCGUGGAAUUAUGUUUCAGCAACAGCGACUUCCGUUGUGA